ACAGUCCGGUGGUAUCCAUUAAUGUCUUCGGCUCCUGCUCACGCUUCUUCACUGAUCACUUCUUUACACUCAUUCUCUUUCUUUUUAAGUCUCCGCGUAUAGAAAUUUCAAAUCUGAUGCGUCAAAGCUGCUUCUUUUCCUGAUCCGUUUAGCUGCUGCAAGAACCCCGCCCGUCCCGAACAGGAAUAGACUGGGAAAUUGGAAAUGGCGGCUUACAGGGCUGACGAUGAUUACGACUACCUGUUCAAGGUUGUGCUUAUAGGGGACUCUGGGGUGGGCAAAUCGAACUUGCUGUCGCGAUUCACGAAAAACGAGUUCUCGUUGGAGUCUAAGUCCACCAUCGGAGUUGAAUUCGCUACUCGGAGUAUUCGAGUCGAUGACAAUGUCGUCAAGGCCCAGAUUUGGGAUACUGCUGGCCAAGAAAGAUAUCGAGCAAUCACAAGUGCAUACUAUCGGGGAGCUAUUGGUGCAUUGCUUGUGUAUGAUGUCACUCGACAUGUCACAUUUGAGAAUGUUGAGAGAUGGUUAAAGGAGCUACGGGAUCAUACUGACUCCAACAUUGUGAUUAUGCUGGUGGGAAAUAAGGCAGAUCUGCGCCAUUUACGAGCUGUUUCCACAGAGGAUGCCAAGGCCUUUGCUGAGAGAGAGAACACUUUCUUUAUGGAAACAUCUGCCCUCGAGUCUCUGAAUGUUGAGAAUGCCUUUACUGAAGUUCUAACACAAAUAUAUCACGUAGCCAGCAGGAAAGCACUUGAUCUUGGGGAUGACCCUGCAGCUUUGCCCAAAGGACAAACCAUCAAUGUUGGAACAAAGGAUGAUGUUUCUGCUGUUAAGAAAGUUGGCUGCUGCUCCGUUUAACUGUAAGAGGAAGAUGAAGGAUACCCAAUAUAUAUUUAUCCGCUGCAAUUAUAAAUGCUAGACUUACCGUAUUACAGGAAAUGGUCCGUCUCCUAACUUUUCAACCUUAUAAAUCAUGCAUAGAUGCCUGGGUUUUUGCAUGAGAGCUUUUUAUGGUAUGGAGUCGAGUAAAUCCAGAUCUUGAAGAUUUUUCCUUUUUCCCUUGGAUGUCACUUCCUUCAUAGUCGCUUCGGGUUUGCUCCUCGUGUAUGUUUUAUUUAUUGAUUGCUGUAAGUUCUUUGUGUAAUUCUAUCCGAGUAGGAGAUUUGUUUAUCAAUGAAGGUUUUAAAAAUUAGUUAUUUCUCAAAGA